GCAAGCCCAACAUGGUGAUGCACAACAAGGCGGCGCCUCCGCAGAUCCCAGACACCCGGCAGGAGCUGGCGGAGCUCCUGAAGUGGAAGCAGGAGCUGGCGGAAACACUGGCAAACUUGGAGAGACAGAUCUAUGCUUUUGAAGGAAGCUACCUGGAAGACACUCAGAUGUAUGUCAAUAUUAUUCGUGGCUGGGAUCGGUAUCUGACCAACCAGAAAAACUCCAAUAGCAAAAAUGAUCAAAUGAACCGGAAGUAUAAGGAAGCUGAGCGGCUCUUCAGUAAAUCCUCAGUUACUUCAGCAGCUGCAGUAAGUGCAUUGGCAGGAGUUCAGGAUCAGCUCAUUGAAAAGAGGGAGCCAGGAAGUGGGACGGAAAGUGAUACUUCUCCAGACUUCCACAAUCAGGAGAAUGAGCCCAGCCAGGAGGACCCUGAGGACCUGGAUGGAUCUGUGCAGGGAGUGAAGCCUCAGAAGGCUGCUUCUUCUACUUCCUUAGGGGGUCAUCAUGUCAGCCGUAAAAAACGAAAGAAUAAAAACCAACACAGGAUUGAUCUGAAGUUAAACAAAAAACCACGAGCUAUUAGAAGACUCAUUAGUGCAGAAGCUUCCAGGCUGUAGAGCCCUGCUUCCCUCCUCCAACCUCACAAAGAUACAUAUCCCUCACCUGAGUGUGCGGCCAUCCACCUCUGCUUUCCCAGACCCAGUGCUUGUGACUCUGAAUAGUUUGUUCUGAAACGUGGUGACAAGCCAUUUCUGUAAGACCACAUUGGAUCAUUUACUGUGUGUCAUUUUUAGUAACAGAACUGCAAGAAGACCAAGACAUGGUUAUAAUUCCAGCAAGUUGUUAACUGUGCAUUUCUCCCUUCUUGGAAUGAAUGUGUCCCCCCGAACUGGCUUGCACCAGCUUCAUCUGUGAUACCCAUUGAGAAAUGUUCUCUGGUUUUGUUUUAUGCUGAAGUUAGAACAUAGGUCACGUUUCAGAGGGAGGCUGUAAAUACUGGGCAUUUUCUUAUUUUGUUUGUGUUUUAUUAUUUUUCUAUUGUUUUUACCAUCUUCUUUUCUUUGGGGACUUUCUGUAAUGCCAUUGUACAGCUCAUACCUUCCUGCCGACAUAUCUGAUCAUCUGCUUCAUGCAAUUGCCAAUAAUCUUCACUGAAAAUAAUCUGGUUUACCAUAAAGAAAAUGGGGAACUUGGCUCUGUGUUUUUGCAGGGGGAAGGUAAAGAGGGUUUAUUUAAUAAUUACCUAUCUUAAAUCUUUCUGCGUUGGAGGCAGUUUCAUAUUCAAGGAACAGGAAAAGCUGAAAAACCUAAGUUUAAAUCAAUCCUUUUAAAAUAGAUAUUUUUAUUCUUUUAUAUAAAUAAAAUUUCGCAGGUGUUGACUUCUCAUGCUUUACUUUUAAA